AUGAAGGAAGGGUCCGCCGCCAAUAACUGCGGCUACGCGCUGACGGCAUGGAUCACCCUAGGCUUCCUUCAUGGAGGCCACUGGUGGGUCUUUCCCUGCCUUGCGCAAGACUCAGACCAGGAGUGGUUUUGUAGAUGGCGCGCUGCUUCCUACGUCGUUGGCAUCCUGGUCACGGCUGCAGGCGGUGCCUACUGCCGGUCAGGGACCGCCCGAACAUGCCCGGGCGGCGAGGACAUGAGUCCCGGUUGUCUCUUUGCUGAGCAGACGAUUGCAUACCAGACCAUCUACAUCCUCCACUACGUCGGACUGGCCUGGAUUUUCGCCCACUGGGUCAUGGAUGGCUUCCACCUUUGGUCUUGGUCGCAGCAGCUCGCCCGUGGAGAACCGCUCAGGCUUCUUGCAACCAACGCCUGCCUGGGCAGAUACCUCUAUAGCAGCAUCCUGUGGUGUGCGGUGGCGCUGGCCACACUGACCUGGACGGUGCUCUUCGAGUGGACCACCGGAAAUGCCGAGCAACCGAGCACUCUGAACACCUUGGCGGUCAUUCUGCUCAUGGAGUUCAUUGCGGUGCUGCUGCUCUCCUGCCUGGUUGUACGUAUGUGGUCUGCCUACACAGCACGGAAGAUCACGGCGGGCGCCCCGUAG